CGGCGGAAGAUGGCGGAGGGCGGCGGCGCGGAGCCGAGCGAGCUGGAGAGGAGGUCUUCCGGGCCACGGCCACCGAGCGCGCGGGAUUUGCAGUUGGCCCUGGCAGAGUUAUAUGAAGAUGAAGUGAAAUGCAAACCUUCCAAGUCUGAUAGACCUAAAGCCACAAUCUUUAAGAGCCCACGAACACCACCUCAACGGUUUUAUGCAAGUGAACACGAAUACAGUGGAUUACAUAUAGUUCGACCAUCAACUGGGAGAAUUGUGAAUGAACUUUUCAGAGAGGCAAGGGAACAUGGGGCUGUCCCUCUGAAUGAAGCCACAAAAACUUCAGGUGAUGACAAAUCUAAGUCAUUUACAGGUGGAGGAUAUAGAUUGGGUAAUUCCUUUUGUAAGCGGUCUGAAUACAUCUAUGGAGAAAGUCAGCUGCAAGAUGUUCAGAUUUUAUUGAAACUAUGGAGCAAUGGUUUCAGUUUAGAUGAUGGAGAAUUGAGACCUUACAGUGAUCCAACAAAUGCUCAAUUUCUGGAGUCUGUUAAGAGAGGAGAGAUUCCCCUGGAGCUUCAGCGACUGGUUCAUGGUGGCCAAGUGAAUUUGGAUAUGGAGGAUCAUCAGGAUCAAGAAUAUAUAAAACCUAGAUUGAGAUUCAAGGCUUUUAGUGGAGAAGGGCAAAAACUUGGAAGCCUCACACCCGAAAUAGUCAGUACACCUUCCUCCCCAGAAGAGGAGGAUAAAUCAAUACUUAAUGCAGUUGUUCUUAUUGAUGAUUCAGUGCCAACGACAAAAAUUCAGAUCAGGUUAGCUGAUGGGAGUCGUUUGAUACAAAGAUUCAAUAGUACACACAGGAUCCUGGAUAUCCGGGACUUUAUUGUACAGUCCCGUCCUGAAUUUGCAACUCUUGACUUUAUUCUUGUGACUUCAUUUCCAAAUAAAGAGCUAACAGAUGAAAGUCUGACACUACAAGAAGCAGAUAUUCUUAACACUGUGAUACUCCAGCAACUAAAAUAAUACUGUUCCUAUCCAUGCAGUAGCAUGUAGGAAUAGAUAAUGUGCCAUAUUAAUAAGGAAAAUACUUCCAGCCUAAAAACAAUCAAAUUAUUUUUCUUAUUUUUACAAAUAAAUUUUGCUUUUAUUGUUAUUCUGUCUUCCAGCCUUUGUACAGAUGAAUUUGGAUUAGGGAUAGAUCUUAAGAUAAGUAUGUUUGAGUUUUUAGUUGCACGGCUGGCUUAUGUUGAUAGCUUUGAAAUAUCUAAGCAAACCAAUUUGUUACAUUCUGAGUGUUAAUGUAACAACAUUUGUUUACAGAGAAAAUGAACAAAACCCCUUUU